CGAUGGAGCUUAGCUCGGCACGCGUCGGGAAGCUCUAAUACUCAUGCCUGAGGCAUCACGAUCUAGAUCCCUCAAAGCCCCCCCUGCUCAGCCUCGACCUGGGUUGUCUCAUGUAAUUUCGUAUCACUUUUAGGUGAGAGCUGAAAGAUGCCUGCGAAUACUUCGCCUCCUUCAGAUGUCUACAAGUAAAUCGUGUUUCUAGUCUUUGUCCACUUGCUCUGUUUCAAAAACAAAACCCCAGAUGCUUGUGACUCAAUUCCAUACAAGAAUGAAUCUGUCGCUAUAUCACAUUUCAGUACAAUAGGCAUGGAGGCAAUCGCCGCAGUUGGAGUCGCUGCAUCAAUUGUGCAGCUCGCCGGAGCUGGCCUGCAACUUUCCGUCAUUCUUUACGAGUAUGUCGACUCUGUCUCAGGGGCCGAUAAGAGAAUCAAAGCCAUCGCUCGAGAUGUAGAGCUUACAUCUGCUGUCAUUCAAGAGUUGGGUCAUACGUUUUCACAGAAUGGCACAGCCCAGGUCAUGACUGCUAGCUCAAUCCAGACUGCUGAAAGUGCAGUUAAGGAAUGUCGCUAUGUGUUUGAUGAGCUUGAGGCGAUCGUAGCAAGAAGCAAGGACAGCCGUAUGGCCAAAUUUACCAUGCCAUUCAAAGACAGCAAGAUACAACUUCUACGUGCCAACUUGGACCGAUGGAAAAGCACACUUCAACUUCUGAUGCAGGCUCUUCUACACGCGCAAAUGGUGCGAAACAAUGAUCAAGACAGGGCUGAAGUCCUGAGACAGCGGAAGGAACUAAAACGCCUUAUAGAAGCUAAGAAGGCCGCUAUCAAACGAUACGAGGACACAAUGAAAGCGACGAGUUCCAGUGAAGACAGCACACUCGUUGAGGACUUAGAGCCCCCCGAGCGGAUGCAGCCUGGUCCAAAGGCUAUGCCUAGCCUGGGUAUCAAAACCUUCACUGCCUUUGUGUCUAGUCUUGCCGUACCAAACAAGGACAACGCCAACCACAACGACUUGGAGAAUUUGAACCGAGAUUUGGAUCUCAAUGCGAGCGUUGAUCAAGAAGGCAACACCAUGAGCAUUGACAAAACCCUUACAACACCUGGUGUUGGUAGUCCUAAGUUACUGAGGACUGGACGUGACAAACGAGGACUGAUCACGAACGAGUCCCUCGCGCUUUGUAUACAGCACAUCCAGUCACUUCUCCAAAAUAUCGAAGUGGUAGAAAGCCAGCUCGAUCAGUAUGCUGGACAGACUACUCAGACCAUCGAGGCCGAGAUGCAAUUACAAGCAGCAUAUGCGAAGACCCGAGAUGCUCUAGACACAAUCAUCGAUGGCACCGAGAAACAUUCAUCUACCAAUAAAAUCAAGUAUAAUCAGAGAGCUUCUUCGUGCGGCUAUUGCGAUAACAGGGGGAUUUUAUGCAUCCACGUCGGUAUCGAAGCUCGAUCGAAAGGCCACAAAGCAUCCACACGUUUGGCCUAUAUGCGCGGGUGUAGAACGUGUAGAGCCGACAGAAGGAAGGUCCUAGUGCGAUGACGAGACUCCCCGGUGUGGUCGAUGUGUUCGCAGAGACCUCUCUUGCGAGUAUAGGGCGUCAAAGCCUGACGGUAAGCAGGGCUUGCCAUAUGGUAGGGAUGUCUCUUCAGUACCACGCAAUGUUUCGUAUGAUGUUGAUAUUCCGAAUGGCACAUACCGUGAACCGAGCCGAAAGGAUCCUGAGUAUAGGGGCCGAGGAGUAGCUCAAGUGAGUCUUG